AUGUUCCUCCGUACGAUCCGCCGUCUCCCCACCAAACCCUCUCUCCCCCUCCGUUCCUUCUCAACACGCGCUACCCUCCUCUCGGACAAGCCUCCCUUUGCAUUCGCGAACUCCCCGGCUCCCCCGCGCCUCCCCAAGGAAGAACAAGAGAUUUUCGAAGAACUCCAACGCAAGUCCACCGGCGCAUUCAGCACCCCGCAGAUCAACCAAUCGCCCGACUCGGAGCCCGCCGUGGCAGCCGAAAUCAAUGCCACCGGCAAGGGAGAGGAGCUUCAUCCUGAUGUGAAGCCCGGAUUGAAGCCCGAGUUCGAGGGAGAGAAGAACCCCAAGACUGGGGAGGUUGGAGGACCGAAGAACGAGCCUCUGCGGUGGGGUGCCGAGGGAGAUUGGAGCUAUGGUGGACGUGUUACGGAUUUCUAA